GGAAGCUUUACCAGGACACCACGAGUAGCCACGCUUGCAUCCGAAAAAGGAUUGAGUUUUAGCUCGCUGGAUAUGAGUUCUGAUAGUAGAGGUAACAUUGGUCUUGGUCUCGACGUCAGUCUUGCCGUUCAAGUAGUAGCUGAUGCUACCACGACCCUAAAUAAUUCUAAUUAUACCGGUCAGUCUGGAAGCCAUUUUGAUGGAAGUACGAGCGCCAACAUGAAUAUCCAUAUAGCUGCUGGUAGAGGAGAAAUGGAGCCAAUGAUCUCUAACACUCAUAUUGACCUAGGAGGCGCUGUUGAGAUAACUGAAGUAGCUAUCGAGGCAGCGCAUAUCAGGAAACGAACAAAGCAGAAACGUCGCAAAAGGCAGCAAGCAAUGAUGCACAACGCUUUGACCGAGGAAGAACGCAAGGAGAAGGCGUUAUUAGCGACCAUUAGAGAGUCGCCAUGGAUUGCCUAUGUUGAACUGGAAUAUGAAAAGCUUGUUACCAUUGAGAAGCCACAGAGAAGGAUAGGUUGGGAGCGAUCGGAAGAGGAAGAUGAUGACGACGAAGAGAUAGAUGACGACGAAGAGAUAGAUGAUGACGAAGAGAUAGAUGAUGACGAAGAAGAUGUGGAGGAGGAUGUAGUGAUGAAAGAGAGCCAUGAACUUAUUGUCAAUACCAACGAGAUUGCUGCAGCAGCUGCAGCAGAGGGUACCCGAAUACAACAAAUUCAUCAGGCCGGAUAUAUCCAACAAGUCCAGCUACUUCGACAAUUUCAACAGUUUCAGCAAUUCCAGCAUAUCCAACAAAUCCAACAGCGACAAUCACAAUUACAGUCGGGGUAUAUUCAGCAGCUCCAGAGCCAGCACCAGCAGAUGGAGAUAGAGGUGGAGAUGCAGUACAGUCUCAAAUAUGGGAUGAUGGUCUCUGGGUUUGAGACUGAGGAGGAGCUUGAGCGGAUCUCGAUUGAAUCUACAAGUAGAGGAGACUAGGUGUGAGCUACCUUGCAAGUGGAUGAGAAUAAGAACAAUCGAACUUUAGCUACUGUUGCAGUCAUUACUGUCACCAGG